AUGGAGACUGUUACGAUUGUAAACUCCUACGUCACUAGGUCACAAUAUGCGGCGAUUCUGAGCUAUGGUGAUGUUGCCCUCCUGGUGAUGGUUCUCUAUGAUUGGGUCAUACACCUUGGGGAAGAAGUGGGCUUGAUUUGGAAUAAGAAGCCCACGUGCAUGACCAUCCUUUACUUCCUGUCUUUGUCGUCUUACUCUGCAUAUAUCGACUCCCCACCUCCUACCUGUCGCUCUUCGAAGUUCAUCCGCACUCUUCUUUUUGUCAUGUUCGUCGUUGCCCAGGCGUCCGCUCUCACAGGACUGGUUUUUAUUACCGAGAAGGAGAUCAACGCAUAUCAGUAUGUCGGACAGGGCUAUUGUACCGUCCCAGACUUCAAAACGUCGGACAGCUCAUGGGAAGAUACACUCAAUGUGACGUGUCCAAUUGCGUUUGAGAUUAUGAUCUGUGCCCUUGCUCUGUACCGUUGGUCUACGCGGUUUAGAACGUCUCGGCGGCACCUCAUGCAAUGGUCUGUAAAUGAUGUACUGACAACCCUUAUUCGCGAUAACAUCAUGUACUUCAUUAUUGCCGUCAUCUGUCUUGGUAUAACGUCGAGAUGGGCCCUACCUGCCGCAGAGGUUGAAGGCUUUACUUCAUCGGCUGCGUGGUACAUCAACAUCCUUUACGCGAGCCAAGUUUGCUUGUUCUCUAUGACAGGUCCUCGCAUGAUUCUCAAUAUACGAAAACACUAUACGAACGACGACAAAGUUCCCCGAGGCACGUCGAGGGAUACAAAUCCUUACCAGUUUACCAGCGUGCUCGAGGACGCCUCGACUAACCCAGAGGACUCGAGCAUGACGUACGUCAGUCAGUCGGCCUGGAGCGGCGCUCGUAGCUUUUCUGAUCUAGUAGAGGAUGCAUAA